UCCAACCCGACUCACACAACCCCUACCGUAAUCGAAACAACAAUUAACGGUGAAACCACACCCAGCAAAUAGCAUAGCAGUGACACACGCAGCAUCACAAAGCCCCCAGUACUGUCCAGCCGUAAAGUGUUUUGCCGUAGAACCGCGCCCGUAAAGUGUUUUGCUCCAAAUGGUUGGCUGGAUGCGCCCAGAACCAUGGCAUCUUUGUGUUUUAACCCACUUCAAUGGAUCGUACUGAUCGGUGCCUUCCUGCAGCUGGCAGCUGGCCAGCAGGGUAGUGGCUUGCUGCGCAGCGGAAACAAUCCCUUCUACGAUGAGCCCGAAGACUAUCUGCUCCAGCAGCAGCGCACGCCCAACAAUGUGGACGACAUCUUCCUGCGGACGGGCGAUAUGCGCAGUGCGGAGGAUUACUUCUGCCCCGAGCACUGGACCGCCUUCCGGGGCACCUGUCUGCGGGUGCACAAAUCCCCACGCAAAAGCUGGUACGCGGCGCAGAAGAUUUGCCAGGCGUACCAGGGCGAGCUGCUGAGCGUGGACACGAUCGAGAAGCAUUCGUUCGUGGUGAAGAUGCUCGACCGGGACGUGAGCAAGCUGGGCCGGUACUACGUCUCGGCCCGCCAGGUUUCGCCGAGCAACUGGGUGAAUGCGGACAAGAGCCAGCUGAUCGCGAUCGAGGAUGCGGUCAAUUACGAGCUGCUCAGCUCGGAAACGAACGACGAGUUUCAGUCGUACUUCGAGGGUGCGAACGUGCGCAACACGAUCGAGCAGGAGGAAGCGGAUGAUCCGCGCCGGUUCUAUCAGUCGGAACGGUACCGCAACCGGAACUAUCUGGUGCUCGGGUUUAACAUGCACAAGGAAAAGUGGCAGUUCUAUCCGGUGUCCGGUGACGAUCCGUACCUGUUCAUCUGUGAGGCCCGCACACUGUACAGCCAGGAAAAUGUGAACACGCUGCUGGAGGAUCGGCGCCAGUUUGAUUACGGGCUGGAGCAGACGGAUGUGGAGCGUAUACCGCGUGGUCCGUACUUUAUACGACAGCCGGUGGACACGACGUACGACACGGGCAAGGCAAGCAUUACGCGCGAUGUUACGCUGAGCUGUCUGGCGGGUGGCUAUCCGACGCCCCGGUACACCUGGUACAAGGAAGAGUACGUAAAGGACAACCUUACCGUCAUACAGAUCGAUCCGCUCAAGAACGCUCGGCACACGGUGAGCGGCGGGAAUCUGAUCAUACACCGACCGUCGCAAAAUUUGGAUCAGGGCACAUAUCACUGCACCGCCCAGAACAGCUACGGCAAGGUGAUCUCGGAAAGCGUCCAGCUCAACUUUGGCUACAUACUCGAGUUCAAUCUGCAGCGCGCCCCGGAAAAGGGCGAGGAGAACUGGGGCAAAGCGUUGGUGUGCGAAGAGCCGCAGCACUAUCCGGACGUAAAGUUUUACUGGUCCCGCAACUACUUCCCGAACUUUGUGUACGAAGAUCAGCGCGUGUUCGUCAGCCACGACGGUUCACUGUACUUCAGCUCGCUGGAAGUGAUGGACCGGGCCAACUAUUCCUGCACCGUGAUGAGCACGGUCAGUGAUACCGGCCGCAAUGGUCCCUUUUUCGAGCUUUCCGUAUCGCCGUCCCCCCACUAUCAGGAUCUGAUCUUUGCCAACUCGUUCCCGAAAGCGUUCCCGAAGGUACCGCUCGCCGGCAAGGAUGUGCGGCUCGAGUGUAUGACCUACGGGUAUCCGGUGGCAUCGUACAACUGGACCCGUCGGAACGGGAAUCUGCCACGCAUGUCACGGCUGGAGAACUACAACCGAGUGUUGCUGAUCCAGAACGCAACGGUCAACGACAAUGGGGAGUAUCUGUGCACGGCAAGGAAUGGGAAGAAAUCGAUCGUGCAGAGCAUCUUCCUGAACGUGCAGAUGGAACCGAACUUUACCAUACCGUUGCGCGACCGUACCAAGGAUUUUCAGAGCUCGGUAUCGUUCCUGUGCGAAGCGUACGCCAUGCCGGACGUUAACUACACGUGGUACAAAAACGGGGAGCUGAUGGAGGAGGACGGUGGCACUGCGGGUGGCGGUGGUCGGUUAAACCGGGACAAGUACACGGUGCAGGACAAUCUGCUAAAGAUAAACUAUCUCGAUCCGGAGGAAGACAACGGUAUGUACCAGUGCAAGGCAACGAACCAGCUGAAGGGCGUCUACUCUUCUGCCCAGCUGCGCGUACUCAGCAUGAAACCAUCGUUCAAGAAGCAUCCGCUCGAGUCGGAAAUCUACAGCAUCGCCAACGGCAAUACUACCAUCCGGUGCGAACCGGAAGCAGCUCCCACGCCCAAAAUUGUGUGGAAAAAGGAUGGCAAUGUGAUUGGUAGUGGCGGUCAUAGGAAAAUUUACCCCACUGGGACACUCCACAUCUCGCCGACCUCGCGUGACGACGAGGGAACGUACACGUGCAUCGCAUCCAACACGCAGGGCAUGGCGGAAUCGAAGGCACGGUUGAUAGUGCUGCAGGAGUUGCGCUUUAUCGAGCAGCUUCCCCCGAAACAGAUAAAGCAGAUUGGUGAGAUGCUGUUUAUGCGGUGCGACGUUACGUACGACCAGCUGCUGGACGUUGCGUUCGUUUGGACGCACAACGGUCAGGUGCUGACGGGGUACGAUGAUGAGGAUGAGCAGCGGCGCCAUCAGCAACCGACAGGGCCCGCCCCGGAUGGUGCCCGCAUCCGUAUCCACUAUAACACGCUCGAGGUGCACAAUCUGACGCUGGUCGAUGGCGGCGAGUACGAGUGUAUUGCCAAAUCGUCCGUUAACCGUAUCGUAUCGCGUGCGACGGUGCUCAUCCAGGGGCCGCCCGGUGCGCCGGGUGCGGUGAAGGUGAUCGAGAUCAAGAAAACGGAAGCACUGCUCGAAUGGACCAAUGGCAACGAUAAUGGCCGGCCGAUCCUAUACUACAACAUACUGGGCCGUACCGAUUGGAACCGCACGUGGACGAACCUGUCCACGCACGUGAUCGCACAGGAAGCGGACCGUUACAACGGUCGCCGGCAGGCAACCGUCACCAAUCUCACACCCUGGUGUGGGUACGAAUUUUCCGUCGUGGCUGUAAACGAUCUUGGCCUCGGAACGCCCAGCCUGCCUUCGCCGCGCCACAGCACAUCGAAGGACCGGCCGUACAUUGCGCCCCGAAACGUUGGUGGUGGUGGCGGUAAGAUCGGCGAUUUAACCAUCACCUGGGAUCCGUUGCUGCCGCACGAACAGAACAGCAUCAACGUACACUACCGGGUGUUCUACCGGCUGCACGGACAGCGCGAAUGGGCGACCGAGGAGCUGCAGCGCCAGGGCAACGUGGGCAAAGCGAUCAUACACGUGCCGACCGACAAGUACUUCACGCGGUACGAGGUAAAGGUGCAGGCGGUGAACGAUCUGGGCGUGGGACCGAUCAGCGAGCCGGUCGAGAUCUUCUCGGCGGAGGACAUGCCGCAGGUUGCGCCACAGCAAACAAUCGCCCGCAGCUUCAACUCGACCGCACUGAACGUUACGUGGGUGCCGGUGUCACAGACGCGCGAAGCCAUCCGUGGCAAGCUGAUAGGACAUCGGCUCAAGUACUGGAAGAAGGAACACAACGAGGAAGAUUCGGUUUACUAUCUGUCCCGUACCACCCGUCCCUGGGCACUGAUCGUUGGUCUCGAGCCGGACACGUACUACUUCGUGAAGGUGAUGGCGUACAAUGCGGCAGGCGAGGGACCGGAAAGCGAACGCUACCUCGAGCGCACCUACCGAAAGGCACCGCAGAAACCGCCGUCCUCGGUACAGAUCGCCGGCAUCAAUCCGUCCACGAUUCAGGUCACCUGGCGCUACAUCGCACCGUCCCAGGACGAGGAACCGGUGCAGGGGUACAAGAUACGUAUCUGGGAGAAGGAUCAGGACAUGUCCAGUGCCAACGAUACGGUCGUGAUGGUUGGCCGGAAGCUGGAGAAAUACAUCGACAAUCUUACACCGGGAAAAUCGUACAAUCUGCGUGUGCUCGCGUUCAGCAACGGAGGAGACGGUCGCAUGUCCAGUCCACCGAUCCAGUUCCAGAUGGGCAUUACCCAAUCGCCCCUGAACAGUGCCACCAAUCUGUCCGUUUCGAUCGUUACGGUGGUCGCGCUGUUGAGCGCAUUGUUGUGUCUCCCGUAGCCAGCCACUGCGCGCGAAUCAUUUUGUUUUUUUUCACCCCCCCCCUCACAAGCAUUCCGUCACAGCUAUUCCAGCGACUCGAGAAAACGAGAAAACAGCGAAACACCUGGUGACCUGCCUCGAAUCUCUUCCCCCUUCCAGUGUGGUGGGAUUUAUUGAUGAUUAGAGAAGUAUUGAUCUUUGCAAAACCAUUGCCUUUAGAGCGCCAUCCGCGGGAAAAACCUCAAUGAUGUGUAAGCUUAAGUGUAGAUUAGCGUAUGUUAGAAAAAAAAAGCGGGAGGAAGAAUUUCAACGCAAAACCGAGAGUGAGCGAUAUAGAUAGAAUGGUAUUUUAACGAUUCGGUAGGCAUAGUAUAUAUUUACAAACAAACAAACAAAAAACAGAGACACAAACGAUUAUCAACAUCCGUCCGUAGAAGUGUAAGGAAACAGAGUUCGCAAGCAAGGUAAAGAUCCGUCCGAAGUAGUGAGCAGGUGAACGCAUGACAAGAAAAAGGGUAUACACAACUUAAUUUACAAACAAACGAACGAAAUGCUAUAAAAUAAACUAAUCAAACGAACGGUGGAAACGGUACACCGAGCUAUUAAUUA